AUGUCCGAAGGUAUUGACAGAAAUGCGGAUGACCGCAUGGAAUUCACCACCUCGAAAGAGGUGACGGUCGCUCCAACAUUUGAAGACAUGCAUCUCAAAGAAAACCUCCUUCGUGGAAUCUACGCAUACGGAUACGAGUCUCCCUCUGCCGUCCAAUCACGAGCCAUCGUCCAAAUUUGCAAGGGAAGAGAUACAAUUGCCCAGGCACAGUCAGGCACCGGCAAAACCGCCACCUUUGCGAUUAGUAUUCUACAAGUCCUGGAAACAUCUGUUCGAGAGACACAAGCAUUGGUUCUCUCCCCCACGCGCGAGCUGGCGACGCAGAUUCAAAGUGUCAUCAUGGCCCUCGGCGAUUACAUGAACGUACAAUGCCAUGCCUGUAUCGGAGGAACCAACGUCGGGGAAGACAUCCGAAAACUUGAUUACGGUCAACAUGUCGUUUCCGGUACGCCAGGACGUGUGGCGGACAUGAUUCGGCGACGAAACCUUCGAACACGACAUAUCAAAAUGUUGGUCCUAGACGAAGCAGAUGAACUCCUUAAUCGGGGGUUCCGUGAACAAAUCUACGAUGUCUAUCGAUACCUUCCACCCGCGACACAGGUUGUGGUUGUGUCUGCGACACUCCCUUAUGACGUUCUCGAUAUGACCACCAAAUUCAUGACCGAUCCGGUCAGGAUUCUUGUCAAGCGUGACGAACUGACACUGGAAGGGCUUAAGCAGUACUUCAUCGCCGUUGAAAAGGAAGAAUGGAAAUUCGAUACUCUCUGCGACCUCUACGAUACCUUGACAAUCACUCAAGCCGUCAUCUUCUGCAAUACUCGUCGCAAGGUUGAUUGGUUGACGGACAAGAUGCGUGAAGCAAACUUCACCGUUAGUAGCAUGCACGGUGAAAUGCCACAAAAGGAACGAGACAGUAUCAUGUCCGAUUUCAGACAAGGCAACAGCCGAGUUUUGAUCAGCACCGACGUCUGGGCUCGCGGUAUCGACGUUCAACAAGUCAGCCUUGUCAUCAACUACGAUCUUCCCAGCAAUCGAGAGAAUUACAUUCACAGAAUUGGACGAAGUGGUCGAUUCGGUCGCAAAGGGGUGGCGAUCAACUUUGUCACCAGUGAUGACGUCCGGAUUCUCCGAGAUAUCGAACUCUACUAUUCCACACAGAUUGACGAGAUGCCAAUGAACGUUGCCGAUCUAUUGACUUGA